AUGUUCGCUCGCCAGAGUUUCCGCUGUGCGCAGCCCCUGAAGCAGAGCUUCCGCAAGUACUCUACUGAGGGAGCUCCCAAGAAGUCCAACCUUACCCCAAUCUACGUCGCUGUCGGCCUCGCCGGUGCCGGUGUCGGUCUCUACCGUUACAGCUCCAGCUCCGCCCCUGUUGCCAUCAAGCUCGAGGACCGCCCCAAGGUCUUCACUGGUGACUGGGUUGACCUCAAGCUUGCCAGCGUCGAGACUCUGAGCCACAACACUAAGCGAUUCCGCUUUGAGUUUGACGACAAGGAGGCUGUCUCUGGUCUUCCCGUUGCCUCCGCUCUUCUGGCCAAGUACAAGCCCGAGGGUGAGAAGGCUGUCCUCCGUCCCUACACUCCUACCAGCGAUGAAGACACCCCCGGCUACCUCGAGCUCGUGGUCAAGGCCUACCCCGGUGGCCCCAUGUCCGAGCACCUCCACUCAAUGAACGUCAACCAGCGCCUGUCCCUCAAGGGUCCUCUCCCCAAGUACCCCUGGGAGGCUAACAAGCACGACCACAUCUGCCUGAUCGCCGGUGGCACCGGUAUCACCCCCAUGUACCAGCUGGCCCGCCAGAUCUUCAAGAACCCCGAGGACCGCACCAAGGUGACUCUGGUCUUCGGCAACGUCAGCGAGGAGGACAUCCUGCUGAAGAAGGAGCUGCACGAGCUGGAGAACACCUACCCCCAGCGCUUCCGUGCCUUCUACGUUCUUGACAACCCUCCCGAGGGCUGGACCGGCGGCAAGGGCUUCAUCACCAAGGAGUUGUUGAAGACUGUCCUGCCCGAGCCCAAGGAGGAGAACAUCAAGGUGUUCGUCUGCGGUCCUCCUGGCAUGUACAAGGCUAUCAGCGGUGGUAAGGUCAGCCCCAAGGACCAGGGUGAGUUGACUGGUAUCCUGAAGGAUCUGGGUUACAGCAAGGAGCAGGUGUUCAAGUUCUAG